CCACCUCCACCUUCCCCAGCAGAGAGACAGACCGACACACAGAGACACACUGAAGACUGAAGACUCUUCUGGAUCUGGUUCUGAGGUUCUGCUCGGAGAUCUGGAUCAUGGUGGAACCAGCAUCGAAACCAGCCGCCGUUCUGCUGCUGUUUCUGCUGCACAGCUGCCUGGCAAACCAUGUUUUCCUCAGCAGUCAGCGGGCCGCUCAGGUCCUGGUCCGAAGCCGACGGGCCAAUCAGCUGUUUGAGGAGUUGAAGCCAGGGAACCUGGAGAGAGAGUGUGUGGAGGAGAUCUGUGACCAUGAAGAAGCCAGAGAGGUGUUCGAACAGCCGGUUAAAACAGAAAACUUCUGGAAAACGUACCUGGACUGUAAAGGAACUGAAAUGUCAAGAACACGGGACAACAUCAACACUGUCAGACAGUGUAUAGAGGGUCAGUGUAUUUUUGGUAAGGGGGUGAACUAUGAAGGAGACAUCAACAUCACAGUAUCAGGGAGACAGUGUCAGUACUGGAGCAGCAGCUUCCCACAUCCCAUCAUCAGGGAGUUUAAUGCCUCAGAGCCGAACAGUAACCUGAAGGAGAACUUCUGUCGAAACCCUGACAACCGUCCUGAGGGACCCUGGUGUUUCACCAAGGACCCAACAGUCCAGAAAGAGGCCUGCAGUGUCCCCAGAUGUGGUGAGGUCUUUGUCCCGCCCACUCUGGCCCCUGAACCGGUCCAAACUGGUGACUGUUUACCAAACUACGGCAUAGACUACGUAGGCGACUUGGAUGUCACCCUGGGAGGCCACACCUGUCUGCAGUGGUCAUCGCCGCGGGUCACGGCCCUCAGCAAGGACAAGGAGUUCAUACCUGAGGUCAUCCUGCAGGGCAACAAGUGCCGUAACCCCGACAACGACCCCGAGGGCCCCUGGUGCUACGUGGAGGUUUCUGGAAACGUGACGGUCGACUUCUGUGACCUGCAUCUCUGUGAGGAUCAGUUGGUCGGUGAUGUGCUGAUAGAGACCGGAGACACUGACGGCCGGGAGCGCUCCGUCCUGACUCCAAGCAGGAAACGAUUUUUCAAUCCUCGCAGCUUUGGAGAGGGAGAGGGAGAAUGUGGACUGCGCCCCCUGUUUGAAAAGGAGAAUAAAAAGGAUGCGAAGGAGGAGGAGCUGUUGGAGUCGUACAGAGGCAGUCGCAUCGUUGGAGGCGACAAAGCAGAGGUGGCCUCAGCACCAUGGCAGGUGAUGUUGUACAAACGCAGCCCUCAGGAGCUGCUGUGUGGAGCCAGUCUGAUCAGUAAUCAGUGGAUCCUCACUGCAGCUCACUGCAUCCUCUACCCACCCUGGAACAAGAACUUCACCAAAGACGACAUUCUGGUCCGCCUGGGAAAACACAGCAGGACCCAGUUUGAGCAAGGCGUUGAGAAGAUCGUGGCGAUUGAUGAUAUCAUCGUCCAUCCUAAGUACAACUGGAAAGAAAACCUGAACAGAGACAUCGCCCUGCUGCACUUGAGACGACCGGUCCCGUUCACCAAUGAGAUCUUCCCCGUCUGCCUUCCCAACAGGAAGGUCGCUCAGGAUCUCAUGUCCGAGGGCUAUAAGGGCCGAGUGACUGGUUGGGGUAACCUGAAGGAGACCUGGAACCCAGCAGCAAGAAAUUUACCUUCAGUCCUCCAGCAAAUCCACCUUCCAAUCGUGGACCAGGACAUCUGUCGUGGAUCCACAUCAGUCAGGAUCACAGACAACAUGUUCUGUGCUGGUUAUAAACCUGAAGACACCAAGAGAGGUGACGCCUGUGAGGGAGACAGCGGUGGACCGUUUGUGAUGAAGUAUCCGGCAGAAAACCGCUGGUAUCAGAUGGGUAUCGUGUCGUGGGGCGAGGGCUGCGACCGUGACGGGAAGUAUGGCUUCUACACCCACGUGUACAGGAUGAGCCGGUGGAUGAGGAAAGUUAUUGACAAGGCAGGAAGAGACGAAGACUAAACACAAGAACGCAGACGUUCUCACUUCCUGUUGUCACUGUCAAACGAGACAAUGUUAAUAAAGUCUGGUCCUAUAACGCUCA